AUGUUAAUAUUUCUCUUUUAUUAUGCAUAUUCAUAAUUCAUACAAGAUGGGAUAUAAAUUUUGGAAAAAGGAAUGAAAAUGUCUUAAGAUAGAUAUUUAGUAUAUUUUAAUUGUCCAAAAAGUUUGGAUUCAAUUUGUAAUAAGAGAUUAUCUUCUAUUUCAACAUAAGAUUAAGAAAUUAUAGAUUAUAUUUAACUUUAAGUAAUAUAUUAUAAAUAAAUAGGCUUAAUAAGUGUUGGAGUAAUUAGAGCCUGAAUAAAAUAUACAUUAAUAUUAUAAUAAAAAUAUUAAUCAAUUAUUUUAAGAAAUAGUUAUAUAUGAUCAAAAUGAAGAUUUACUUUCAUUCAAAUUUGAAUUUAGUUAAUUUUAUUAGAAAAAAGAAUUAUAAAGAAUUUAGUAAAAGUAUUACAUAGACUCAAAAAAUCGAUCAGUUAUUUUAAUGAAUAAUAAAAAUAAUAGUUUGUAAGAAUUCAACACAACAAUAUAUAUGAAAUUUUAAGAUCUUUAUAUUCCUUCUAGAAAUAAUAUUAUUGAUUAAUAAUUUGGAUCAAUUAAUAUAUUAUAUCCUCCAGAUAGUUUUAAUAUAAGAACUUUAGAUUAAAAUGGAUUUAUCUAUUUUACUAAACCAAUAUAUUUAACUUAAUUUUAUGCAUAUAGUUACAAUAUUAAUUCAAUAAUUAGUAUUAAUUAUGAUAACUAAACAAUUAAGCAGGUUUCUAUUCCUGUAAAAAAUUAAUGGGUUUUAGUAAUUGGUCCAACUGGAUAUUUAAUUAAUAAUAUAACUGUUGCUAAAUAGAUACAUAUUGAUUCAAUUCUUAUUAAAGUAUAGAAAUAAACAUUUACAAAAUAAUAAAUUAAAACUUUAGUAAUUGAAAAGCUUUUAGAAAAAUAUUAUUUAUUACACUCAGAAUCAUUAUUAAAUACAUUAAAAAUAGAGGAGGAUUAAAAUUCUGAAGAGCCUAAUAAAUAAAAGGUUAUUACAACUACAGAUGAUUUAUAUUAAUAAACAAUAAAAGUAUUUUUAGAAUUCUUAGAUAUAAUAUUGAUUAAGAUUAAACAAAUAAAAAAAUAAAAAUAAUUAGAAUCAUUGACUUAAGAUUAAAUUCAAGAUAUUUUGUAAGAUGUAUGUAAGUAUUUGAUAAUAAAAAGAUUGAAAAUGAGAUGACAUAAAAUGAAAUCUUGAUAUUUUAGAGUUUAUUUUAGAAUUUUAUGGUAGAGAAAUAUAAUGAGAAUGAUAUUAUGUUAAUGUAUUAAAAGUUACUUUAAAUAGACCAAGGAUUAUAAGAUAAAAAAAAAGAUUGA